AGAGAGAGAGAGAGAGAGAGAGAGAGAGCUACACAGCCCAGCCCAAAAGACUCGUUAUACUGGAAAACUCAAAGACCGCAGGCCAAACACAUCUGAGAGACACUCAACAACUGUAUGACGGGACAGGGCGCUCUAACGGACCAAGCUCACAAACCAGGACAGAUACAGGGGACGUGAACUACAAACUGGAUCAAAGGCCAGGAUGGGCGCUUCAGAGGACAUGAUGGGAAUCCUCCAGAGCGUCCGGACCAAACUGCAGGCUCUCCCCCAGGAGCACUACCUCACACAGACGGCGUUCGUCAUCAUCCUGCUGUUCUUCUUGACAUUCAUCACUCUGCUCGUGAUUGGAUGCGUGUACGGCUGCUGCGGCUGCUGCACUGGCGGGUCCAGAAACAAAGUCUCUGCCGUCUGAAACACGGCGAUACAACACACCACAAUGGGCCAAAAUAAAAUCUAGUGGAGUUUGAUAGUUUUGUUUGUGACCGCUGUGAUAUACUGCACAUUACAGCGAUACAAUUCAGCCACUGUGAAGCUGCAUGGACACACACCACGCAUCUCUACAGUCACGAAGCAGAAACAAGCAUCUGGCUGAGGAUCAUGGACCCCUUAAUCAUGGAAGUCACAAAUAAACACUAAAUUCCCAUCCCCUGUCAUUAUAUGAACGGUAAACCAGUGGCUGCCCUCUGCUGGACACUAAUGCAGUCACGGAUGGAGAUGCAGGAACAAGAGAUCUCCGGGCAAUACCAUUCAAAAGUGUGGGGCCAGUAAGAUUAGCCAGUGCAAAGGCAUUAAAUUGAUCAGAAGUGUCAGUAAAGACACGUAUUAUGUUCUAAAAGGGACUUUCUAUUCAUCAACGAAUCCUGAAAACGGUCUCAGUUUUCACUAAAAUCGGAAAGAUUGCGCAAAAAAACUGCUUUGAUAAUCAUAAAUGUUUCUUAAGCAGCACAUCAAUGAUUUCUGAAGGAUCAUGUGACACUGAAGACCAGAGUAAUGAUGCACAUUUUUACAAUAUAUUCAUGUAGAAAACAGCUAUUUUAAAUUGUAAUAAUAUUCCACAAUAUUGCCGUUUUAACUUGAUCAAAUAAACGCAGUCUUGGUGAGCAGAAGAGACUUCUUUCAAAAACAUGAAAAAACCCCAAACUUAUGAAAGAUAGUAUCUGAUAUUUUUUUUUUAAAAUGUAUUACUUAAUACUACUAUGAUGUUGUGCUAAACAGAGGAAACUGGACCUGAGACGCUGGAGAAAUAAAAUGUAAAUAACCAAAUAUGCUUAACAAAAAAAAAAAAAAAAAAAUUUAUCUUGUGUAUUUUUUAUCUUGAUUCAAAUGAAAUGCAUUGUAUGCAUAUAAAGUGAUACAAAAUAUUCAAGCAUGUUUUUUUUUUUGUUUUAAUAAACAUAUAUUACGCCGU